AGACUCUCCCAGCAGCGAUGGCAUCGUCAUGUGCUGCGCCUCGGCCACUCUUGGCAUACCUGCUUUGGACAGCUUUGCUGAUAGCACUUUUUCAACAUGAAGACAGGGCAGCUGUAGGAUUUGGCGGGGGCCUUCCUGCAAAACCAGUCAAGAAAGAAAGAGGUUUUGGAGGAGGACUUGCGAGCAAAAGUGAAGAGGAGAAGCGAAGACAACGACGGCUUGGAAAGGACCCCUCUACCAACAAUGCCAGAAAGACCUUGCUCAGUGAGACUGCUGAGCAAAUAUUUCAAAUAGGCGACCUGGAACUGCCUCUUUUGGUACCAGCGUAUGUGCUGGACUACAAACGCUUUUCAAUGAUGGUUGAAGCCGGUGCUGGAACGGUCUCCGACAUUGUAUGGCCAGCGGAGCAAGCGUUGGCAGACACACUGCUCCUCAGGCGAGAGCUAUGGCAAACCGAUGGAGUUUGCGAGAUUGGAGCUGGUCUAGGGCUGGCAGGUCUGGUUGCUGGCAAGUCCGGAGCACCUCGAGUUCUUUUGACAGACCGGGACGCACUGGUCCUGGAGAUUGCGCAAAAAUCCGCAGCCAGAAAUGGCAUGGGUGAAACGGUGUCAACUGCUGCCUUCGAUUGGGGAGACAGAAGUAGCUGGCCAAAGCCUUUCAAUGGCUUGGUCGUGGCAGCAGAUGUGCUGUAUGACAAAGAAGUGGUCCCAUCUCUGGUGAAUCUCAUUCUCCACCUGGAUGGUCCUGCAAUUCUGGUGGAACCAGACAACAUCGAGAGGCAAAGCCUGGGCUCAGUCCAGUACUUUGAGGAGAUGUUGCAGAGCAAUGGCGUGCAAUUUCGCACAGAGAAAUAUUUCAAUAUGAAGCAUCCAUCAUCACCAAUGCUAAUCAUAUCAGUGAGCCGCAGAUCGUGACCUCUGUGCUGCUGAGCAGCCUGUCUGCGGCAUGCUCAAGGAAGCAUUUGCAUAGACGCCCAUCGAGAUUCAAGAGCUUUUGCUCUGCUGGCCAAAGAAGCUAGGUUGGAUCAGAUGUUAGAGACCGAUAUGCAAGAGAUCCUCAGAAGAUCGCGCGUGAGGCAGAAA